GUGCUACUGAAUCAGGUAAACAUGUUGUAAAAGUUGGUGCUUCUACUGGUGCUUCUCUGAUCAAAGGUAUGGGCAUAGGCUUAAUAUUCCAAGCGGUGGCAUCUUCAUUAAGUGCAUAUUUAUCAAGUCAUUGGGAAAAAGAGGUACACAAAGUAGAUUGUGGAUAUGCUCCUAAUGGAAAAUCAUCCAACUCAUUUAAUGGCCCUGAAAUUCAAAAACCUUCUAAACUUUUCAUAAACAAAUAUAAGAAUGUUUGUUAUAAUGAUUUUUAUGCUCAGAGGAAAAAUGAUCAUCUUCUUCCUGAUGUGUGUCUCGACCUUGAUUUUAUAUCCAAUAGAAUUUAUGAUGAUUGUAAUAUUGUUUUUACAGAUCCUUCGUCGACAUCCAGCUAG